AUGGUGCUAAUAGUUGAUACAUUUGAAGUUCCGUCUCUACUGAUAUCCCAGAAGCUCUUCCGGUCUUCGUCUGUUGUGGAGAUAGAGGAGGUGACGAAAGAGACGAUAGAUGAGGUUUUAACGGCGGACGGGGUAUAUAGUAUUCAUAAGGAAUGCUUUGACUACGAAAGGAUCAGAUGGAUGAAAUACUACUUCAAUGAGGUUGUCGAGGUGUUUGCAAAUGUCCAAUACAUUAACAAAAGCAAGAAGGUUGUUAGGUACUACUCGAUAGUCAGGGAUGCAGAAGGAGUUGCCACAGAUCUGGUUGAGAUCAAAGAAGACGAAGAAAAAGAGGCAUAUGACAAGACGGCGUUUCUCCCACAUGUUCAAGCACAAGAAGAGGAAAUUGUUAUUUUCCCGGAUGAUGAAGACUGA